GCCUCCCUGGGCGCUCUGGCGCGCUUUUGCUUGCCUGUCGCCUGCCCCUCCCCCGCCCGGCGUCUGGUGCCGGUCGCUGCUGACCGGGCCGGCCUGGUCCGGGAUGUGAGCCGCCCCGGGCCGCUCAGGUAGAACACCUUCGGUAGCAAGAUGAUCAAUCCAACAGAGAACAGUUUGUUUGAUCUCCCUGAUUAUGAACAGAUCGAAGACGAGCAGCUUCUACCUCUUCCCCCUCCAGACUCUCCAGGGGAAAAUACUGAAGAAGCCCUGGUCAAUGGAGAGCCAGAGAAAGACAAAUUGUCACAAGCCAAGAAUUCCCCUGUGACUGCUAGGAAAACUGUUAAAAGAUCAGUGCCUAAACUAGAUGCUGAAAGGUUAGUUUCAGAGCGAGGACUUCCAGCUUUGCAGAGUAUGUUUGAUAAUGUAAAAUUCAAAGGUAAAGGUCAUGAGGCAGCAGACCUGAAGACACUUAUGAGGUACAUGGAGCAUUGGGCUCACAGGCUGUUUCCUAAAGUUCAGUUUGAAGAAUUUGUUGGCAGGGUUGAGCGGCUGGGAAAUAAGCAAGCAGUUCAGGCAUGCUUAAAGCGGAUUAGACUUGACCUGCCUAUUUCACAUGAAGAGUUCACAAGUAAUGAAGGUGAAGAGGAUGGUAACAAUGGAGUUAGUGCAGCCACAGAAGAAUUAGAUUUCUUUUCUGAAAUCCAGAAUACAAGAGAUGAGUUUCAUUUGCCUCCAAAUGCUACACUGACAGAGGAGCAACAGCAGAGAAUCGAAAAGAAUAGACAACUGGCCCUUGAAAAAAGACGAGCAAAAACUCAGUUCAACAGUGAAUCACAAGAACAUGAGCUGUGUGUGUCCCAGCUAAACGAAGAGCACAACACCGUUGUCUCUCAAAUACCAGAUGAUAAUCCUGCAGCAGACACAGGAAGCUGCUGAGAAGAUGCAAAGCGGACAUAUAGAAGAUAAAUGACCUUGAACUGUUUGGGAUCAAGUGACGGGCAUCCUAAAAUAUCAUUGACAUAGAUUUCGUUGCUUACUAUUAAAAGAGGAACGUGGAGUA